AUGUAUUUACCCACAUUUUACAAAUUAGGAUACGAAGCUUGGAGUGCCAAGGGCAAGAGAUUCUUGGGAAUUAUGCCCGCUGUUGGAUGCUGGGCUGUCUGGGCACUCUACCCAAAUCUUUACAACACAGUAUACACUGAUUUCAUCCCCCCUCCCAAAGGUGUCUAAAGAAGAGUACAGGAAGUCUGAGACAUUGAUAUAUUAUUAUUUGAAAAUUAAGAUCAUACAAUACUUCUUAGCU